UGUUAGUCUUUAUCUUGGACUUUAAGGUGAUAAGCAGCACGCGGGUGUUAUUUCCAAAAGUAUUCAUUUUAAUAAAAACAGCAACCUAGUUAAUAACUCGUUCAGACGUUAAUUUGAUAGUAAGGAAGUUGAUAUCGAGAACGCGACCGCAAGAAUUCCUAAAAGUACCGAGUCAUUUAGUAAAUUAUUUUGGUGAAAUAAAUAUUUCAAAAUAUUGUGCUAAUAAUUUUUUAAUUAAACCUGUCAUAUAAUUAAUGUUUCUAAUAGAUUCCUUGUGUGCAUAAUGCGAUUUGUAGUUAUAGUGCUAAUUGAGCUGUGCCAAUUUCAUCAUAAAACAAAAUAUACUUGAUAGUUAGCAAUUUUGCGCUUAUUGAGAUUUUUUAAUCCUCCUCCGUCCAUAAAUUCAACUUUUUAUUGCGAUUACAUUGAGAAUUUAAAACAAAAAUAAUUGUUGUUGUUGCUGGUAACAAGUGUAAAUUUAAUAAAGAUAACAGCUGAAGUAUUUUGGCAUUGGAAAUAUGAGCAAUGAUGAUAUUUACCUGCGUACAGCAUUCGAUUUACUAGACAGAAAUCGUGACGGUCGUGUCACAGCAAGUGAACUGCAGUUUAUGCUUAAAAAUCUGGGCAUUAAUGUACGUGAUGAAAUUAUACACGAUCUCAUACGUGAAGCAAGCCACUCUGGAAAUGGGUUAAUAAACGAGGCUGAAUUCCUGCAAUGGGUCGGACGCAUACAAGCCAUACGUGACGAGCAGCAACAGCAACAACAACAACAACAGCAGCAAACGCAACAGGAAGAAAAUGCAAGCAAACCAGAGGAAAACGAUGAUGUCACUGAGGAUUUAAUAGCCGCGUUUAGGGUAUUUGAUCGUGAUGGCAACGGUUUCAUUACACGUGAUGAGCUGCAAACUGCUAUGGAAAUGAUUGGUGAACCGCUCACAGAAACUCAACUCACACAAUUAUUAGCUAUUGCUGAUUUGGAUCAGGAUGGCAGAAUUAACUAUGAAGAAUUUACGAGACUUCUGCUGUAAGCUGUAAGGACACCGAGCCCACACAAACAAUGUCAUUUAACAAAUCAAAAUAAUAUUAAAUCGUUACAAACAUUUUGUAAUUAAAUAUAAUUAUAUACAUAAAUACAAUUAUAUAUUCAAUAACAUACUCAAGUUAAUACAAAUAUUGUUUAUAUAAAUGAGAAGGUAGAAAGGACGAAUCUGUUUUCCUUAAAUUACAACAACCACCUAAUAAAAUAACAAUAAAAUCAAAAAAUAUUUUUAUAAAAUUUAUAGAAAAAAGUACAGAGAACCGUCAUGCAGGAAGAAAGAAAAGAUUAUUUUAGUUAU